AUGUUCACUACGGACCAGGACUUCUUGACGGCCUGGCAGCAGCUGGGGGCGGCAGCGGGAGGCGGACAAACAACGUUCAAGAGGACGCAUGGGGUAUCGAUGGGCGAGGACUUGGGGAGAAACCCUCGGCUACUCGGGGUGGUUGACAAGGCCAUGGUGCAGAUCUCGGUGAUGGUGACCAGCAGGUUGUUGGAGCGCUUCCACAGGUUCGACGAUGUGGCUGUGCUCGUUGAUGUUGGUGGCGGCACUGGUUCUACCCUAGAGAUGAUCACCUCCAGGUACAAGCAUAUCAGGGGCAUCAACUUCGACCUGCCUCAUGUUGUGACUGUACAUUUAGAUCUUAUUUGUGUCGAACAUAUAGCUGGAAAUAUGUUUGAUAAUGUUCCCACUGGAGAUGCCAUUUUCUUAAAGACGGUACUCCAUAUGUUGGAUGACAAUGACUGCAUAAAGGUUCUAAAAAAUUGCAAUCAAGCUUUGCCAGACAAGGGGCGGUUGAUCGCUGUUGAGUUUGUCUUGCCGGCUACUCCAGAGGUGACAAGAGCAGCACAAAAUCUCUACAUUCUCGAUGUGAUGAUGUUAAAUAACUCAGAGGGUGGGAAGGAGAGAACCGUGGAAGAGUUUCUGAAGCUUGCUAGGGAAUCGGGUUUCAGCGGCACCUUCCAGUCAACUUACAUUUUUGGAAACUUUUGGGCUCUCGAAUUUACCAAUUAG